AUGGCGUUUCCGUUGCAUAUUCAAAACGUCGACGAGGAUCUUGCUCAGGAACUGAUGGAGCAUUACACGGGAGAACUAACAGGUUUUGUACGAGUUGGACCGAGUGGUUAUUUUUUACCUCAUAAAUACAAAGAACAAGCCAAAGACAUUUAUAAUAUGCCGAUACGAUCAGAUGAUACUUUUGUUGUUACCUAUCCUAGAUCAGGGACUACUUGGACCCAAGAACUGAUAUGGCUAUUAAAGAACAAUCUAGAUUUUGACACCGCAAAGAAAACGCCUCUAGGAAACAGAUUUCCUUAUUUAGAGUUUUCUGUUCUGGUUCAUCCAGUGUAUGAGAAAUUCAUGAUAGAAGAAAAUAAAGAAAGUCCAGCACGGUUAAGUAGCGUGCAAGCAGCACUCCUCCCGAGCGCGCAAAAGGCCGCCAACAUUCCGUCGCCUCGCUUCAUCAAAAGCCAUUUGCCGCUGUCGUUACUUCCUCCUGGGUUACUGGACACCGCGAAAGUCGUUUAUGUAGCUAGAGAUCCAAGAGAUGCUGCGGUAUCACAUUACCAUCUCAGCAGACUGUAUAGAAUUCAAGGGGCACCAAAGGAUUUUAAAACGUACUGGAAUUAUCUUAUUCGUGGAUUACAUCACUUCGCACCAAUACUAGAUCACAUCAAGGAAGCCUGGAAAUUAAGAGAGCAUCCAAACCUUCUUUUCAUAUUUUAUGAAGAUUUAUCAAAGGACUUGCCUGCAACUAUUCGUCGUGUAGCCAAAUUCUUAGGGAAACAACUAACAAAAGAUCAGAUCCUGAAACUAUGUGAUCAUCUCAGCUUCAACAAUUUUAAGGAUAACUCCGCCGUGAAUGAGAUGCUUUUGGGAAAAAUCGACUUCCUCGUAAAAGGAGAAGCACCGUUUAUUCGAAAAGGUAAAGUUGGUGGCUGGAGGGAUUACUUUGAUGCGGAAAUGAUGGAGCAAGCGGACCGUUGGUUGCUACAAAAUCUAGCCGACUCUGACCUCAGAUUCCCCUCGUGGGACCUUUCUUACAAGACUCCAAGUAAAGGAAUAAAUGCAAUCAACGUUGAGUAUAUUCGAGCUAAACAAGGACGCGAUUAA